UUUUGCUCACCUUGCUUCCCACUUCCCACUUCCCAACCCCUCUUUAGUCUUUAGUCCUUCCACCCCUUUUUCUCCUCCUUCCAACCUUAAUUCUCUCUCCUUAACCAUGUCUCACGUUCUCCUCCUUCUCACCAUAAUCUCUCUCCUCUCUUUCUCUUCCUUCGCUCGCCACGGUCACGGUGGCGGUCACAUUGCCGGUGCUUGGACUGACGCUCAUGCCACCUUCUAUGGCGGCGGCGACGCUUCUGGAACCAUGGGAGGAGCAUGUGGAUAUGGAAAUUUAUACAGCCAAGGGUACGGUACGAGUACGGCAGCGUUGAGCACUGCUCUGUUCAACAAUGGUUUGAGCUGUGGUGCAUGUUUCGAAAUGCGGUGCGUGAAUGACGCGAGAUGGUGUUUGCCUGGUUCAAUUAUAGUCACAGCUACUAAUUUCUGUCCACCGAACAAUGCCUUACCUAAUAACGCAGGAGGAUGGUGCAACCCUCCAUUGAAACACUUUGACCUUGCUCAACCUGUUUUUCAACAGAUUGCUCAAUACAAAGCUGGAAUUGUCCCUGUUUCGUUCAGAAGGGUACCAUGCAGGAAAAAGGGUGGAAUUAGAUUCACAAUCAACGGCCAUUCUUACUUCAAUUUGGUAUUAAUCACCAACGUUGGAGGUGCAGGUGAUGUACAUGCAGUCUCAAUCAAAGGGUCCAGAACUAAUUGGCAACCCAUGUCUAGAAACUGGGGUCAAAAUUGGCAAAGCAACUCUUACCUCAAUGGCCAAACCCUAUCUUUUAAGAUUACCGCCAGUGACGGCCGCACCGUCACUGCUCUUAACGUGGCUCCUCCUAACUGGUCCUUUGGUCAGACUUACACGGGUGGCCAAUUUUAAACAAUCACCACUGUCUGUCACCAUAAUUUUACAAAAUGAGUCAUAGGGGUAAUUUUAGUUUUUAUUUUUUUAUAGGGGUCCAAUGGUAAGGGUUAAUUUUAGAGUAAUCUUUAUCAUUUUAUCAUAUUAUUAUUAUUAUUAUUAUAUAUCAGUACUGAAUUAAAAUAUAUGAUGUGGGCUUUUUAUUUCAUUUAGCCCAUACAAAUAUCAUUAUACUUCAAUUCAGUUAUGGGUUAAAGGGUAAUUGGGUUAUUUUAAGUUUGUGUCCUGAUAUUAUUAUGGGAUACAAUAUAUAUAUAUAUGUAGGCAGGGGUGGGUCUUUUACCACCCGCCAUUAAAAUAUGGGUAUUUUAGAAAUUGUGAGGUCUUUUUCUUUUAUUUUUUUUAUUUUCGAGGAAUAUUUUAGAUUUUAGAUGUUUCUAAUUUGAGUUUAGUAGUUUGUUGUUUGAGCAAAAUGAAGUGUAAUUGGGAUUGGGACUGAUUUUGAAUCAGUUAUAAUUAUGUAAUUUGGACCUGCUAAGUAGUAUGUUUCAAAUUUUAAAUAUAAUGUUGAGAUGUUGGUAGUUCUUCAAAUUUGAAGCCAUUCGGCUGAUUCCUUUAAUUUUUCUCAUCUCUCUACAAAAGGUUCACAUGAACUCGAUCAAAAUUAUUUUAU